UUUCCCCCCCCCCACCAUCUCUCUUCCAGGGUAAGAAGGAGCCAUGGUGUGCAUUCCCUGCAUCGUGAUCCCUGUUCUGCUCUGGGUGUACAAGAAGUUCGUGGAGCCCUACAUCUACCCCGUGAUCGCGCCCUUCAUCAAGCGCAUCUGGCCCAAGAGGGCUGUGCAGGAGCCAGACAACUCCAGGCAGGGGCCAGGAGGCAGCGCUGGGGACCCUCAGGGACCUGCAGCCGCCAAAAGAGACUGGCAGGAUGAAUCUGGAAGCCAAAAAUCUGAAAGCAAUGGCAUUGCAAAUGGAAGUGCUGCAAAGAAUUCCACAGCAGUUGAUGACAAGAAAACAGCUUAAAGGAGUUAAUUCCUAAGGAUUUUACUCACUCAUGUCCAGUAUGAACUGCUGAUAUUCCUCUCACUUUGAGACUUUUUUCUUUGCACAUUUUAGCUGAAUAAAAACUUUAUUGCUUGCAGGAGGAGGUCUCUUUUGUCACUAAAAUGGCAGCUGGCUCAUUUGUUUAUUUAAAAUAUUUGAAAGCUGAAGUUCUUUUUAUUUUCUUUGCUGAACUACUUUUCAUCUACCAUCUGUUUGGUGUGAUUAGAGUUUAGGUUAAAUAACUUAAGAAUAAAUCUAUCUAUGGAAGGUAAAUGUAUCUUAGCAUCUUGAUGUCACUAAGUGCUAGUGCAGUACUUGAGGCUUUCACCUUAAAGGCUUUAUCUGUUCUUGGUGAAGAACUGUGGACUGCAUUGUGACAAAAGCUCAUAAUUUAUCUGUGAAGAAUUUAGAUUUUUCAUGUCAAAUCUGUGGAUGAGCUAAAGGAGUUAUACUACAUACAGAAUUUACUUAGCUUACUAAAAGCAGAAAGUCUUGAUGUGAUACUUCCCUUAAUUAUUUUCCUUGAAAUAUUAUGCCUUUUUUUUUCCUGAAGAGGAGCAGCAGAGGCAUGAUGCAAGAGAAUGUUGCUUUAUGUUCUGUUGUAGUGAUUUUAAAUGGUGCAUUUCUGGCUUUAAAAAAAAAAAAAAUCCAACUAAAACCUCUUUAACAUGCUUGUGGAAUUUUCAUUACAAUAAACCAGGAUUUUACUUAAAAA